ACAAAGCCAUGGCAAAACAAAACGAAGAGAAGAUUGAUUAUUGUGCACAAGUUACUACUCGUAUUCUUCUAAAGGAGAUGCAAAAGGAGUUUAAAAAAACGAAAAAUUGUAAUACUAACAUAUUACUCUCUCCACUAUCUUUUCAUGCUGUACUGAGCAUGACAGCAGCCGGCGCAACGGGAGAUACAUUGAAUCAGAUGCUUUCGGUUUCUUGGUGUUAGCGAUAUCGAUGAUUUAAAUUCAAAGUUCUUAAAUAUGACUGAUGUUCUUGAGAGCAAUAGUGGUGGUCUUGAUUUGAGUUUCCUUAACGGAAUGUGGGUGGCUCAUAAGCAUAAACUGAGAGACUCUUUCAAACAAUUAGCCACCACUCUCUAUAAAACUGAGCCUAGAGUUGUUGAUUUUGAACGCAAGGUAAUGGUAGUAGAAGAAGUUAACUUAUGGGCUAACAUUGCAUCAAAAGGCUUGAUCACCGAAAUUCUAGAGCCCAAGCACAUCAAUAAUAAAACAACGGUCCUUUUCGCAAAUGCCCUGUAUUUUAAAGGUACAUGGAACUUUGAUCAAGAACGCACCAUAGACAAAGAAUUUUACCUACUCAACGGUGACAAAAUCUCAGUCCCCUUCAUGACUGGCUGCUACGAUUAUUCCUAUGGAUCAUUUGAAGGCUAUCAAGUUGCUAAAAUUCCAUAUGAAAUUGGAAAAAAAGACGAUAAAAAAGAGUUCUCUAUGUUUAUCUUCCUUCCAAAUAAAAAAAAGGGGCUGCCCAGCUUAUUGGGAAAAGUGAAAUCUGAUCCCAAAUUCUUUACCCAAGACUUCAGGAUUCGGUAUGAAUCACUCGAUGCAUUCUACAUCCCAAAGUUCAAAUUCUCGUACACUGCAAUGAAACAAGUGAAACAAACAAUGAAGGAAAUGGGAUUGACUCUGCCUUUCAGUAAAAAAUGCAAAGAGAUAACGGAGAUCGUGAAACCUAAGGGGCCAUUCUUUAUAAACAGGAUAUUACAAAAAGCAUUUAUCGAAGUGAAUGAGAAGGGUACUGAGGCAGCAGCUGUUACUGUGUUAGAUGAUGACAUGGGAUUUUCUCUGUAUGAUGAAAUAAUACCUCUUCCGAGAUUCGUAGCAGAUCACCCUUUCUUGUUCAUGAUAAGGGAAGAGGCUUCAAAAUUGGUGCUUUUCACUGGAGCUGUACUAAAUCCAUUAAAUGACCAUUCAGAUGAUGUUUCAUCAAGUGAUUACGAUUCGGAUGAUUAUUAAGGACAAAAAAGAGGCAUGGGAGUUGUUCUUUUUUAAAAUUGCUAGUAUUUGUUUAAGAACUUUGAGGGUUUAGAUUUUCAUUAUUGUGUUGAUGAAACUGAGUGGAUCAUUUUCAAUUUUCAUGCAGACCUUACUAGUCUUUCAGACC